UGAGUCCUUCAUUUGCACACCACGGCAUGGGUCUUCUUCCACUCACUGGGUCCGUCAUACAUGGGAAGAUUGCAGGGUAGUGGCUUCCGAAAGACACGCUCGGACUUACUCCUGGAGUAAGGGUGAUCAUGAGACGAUACAUCGCUCAGCGCAAGUGAGUGCUCAGCGGAAGGGCCGGCAAGCCGGCGGACCUGUGAGCCUCCGUACACUCUCUAUCACGAUGAAAAUCGAGAUGCGAUACCUAUAUAAUAAGCUGAGGCUGCCAGAAAUGCCUCAACGGCGUAUCCGAGAUAGCACACCAACCCCGUCAUGGCACCUAACAGCACUCCUCCCCCUUCGGGCGUGUACGUUCCCGCUGUUCUCUAUUUUGACGAGAACGAGGAUUUCGAUGUACCCGCUAUUCAGGCACACGUUCUCCGGCUGGCGAAGGGCGGUGUGACAGGCAUCCUCGUCCAGGGCAGCAACGGCGAGGCACAGCACUUGUCGCACGACGAGCGGAAGGAGGCAAUCCGUAUCACGCGGAAGACCCUCGAUGACAAUGACUUUCAACAAGUGGUGAUCAUUGCGGGAACCGGUGCGCAAUCGACCCGCGAGACGAAGAAGCUCUGCAAGGACGCCGCGGAAGCGGGGGCUGCCUUCUGCCUUGUCCUCACACCCUCUGUAUGGCCAACCCAGAUGACACCGGCGAACAUCCUGAAAUUUCAUAGAGAUGUUGCAGAUGCCUCACCUAUCCCGACGAUGGUGUACAAUUUCCCGGUCGUCACCGCUGGACUGAACCUGGAUUCCGACAUCAUCGGAGAGCUCGCCCAGCACCCAAACAUUGUCGGUACCAAACUAUCCUGCGGGACCGUCGGCAAGCUCCACCGGCUCACUUCGACUGUCCCUAUCACCAAGUUCGCUACCUUCCCCGGCGUCUCCGAUGUCUUCCUGCAAGGGCUCGUGUCUGGCAGUGCAGGCCUCAUCGGCGCGCUCCCCAACGUAGCGCCGAAGGCGCACAUGGAGGUGUACCGGUUGUACAAGGCCGGGAAGAUUCAGGAGGCAGAGAAGAUCCAGGCUCUGCUGGGCCACGCUGAUUGGGAGUUGGGCAAGCUGGGCAGCAUUGGGGGUAUCAAGGCGGUGGUCUCGAAACACUUCGGGUAUGGAGAGACGAUCGUGCGGGGGCCUCUCAGUGCGGCGGUCGUGACGCCGACGAGCACUACGAAGCUGGAGGAGCUGAUUGCAUUUGAGAAAUCGCUGUAAACGUCAACUGUAUCGAUAGAUUUUUAUAUCUAUGCUAGCGAACGAAAUGCGCGCUCGAGGU